CUCAGUGUAUCACAAGAAAUGCUAUACGGUGUCACAGAAAGCAAGGACCUUAACAACCUGUUCUGCGCAUCGGUACCACGCGAGGAGGUUACUCCCCAGCUUAUGCAGUACAAGGACGUGCCUAAGGCGUACGAAGUUCUAAAGAAGAGCACUGCCUCCGACCCAUCAGAUCGGUAUAUGUGCAACACUCCCGACAAUCACAAGAAGACAAAACUCUGGAAAGCCGGUCGCAAAGCGGCCAUCUAUCUCCACUUCUACAAGAUUGUCUAUGACAAAACCGCCUGGACCAUCAAUCACGGCGAGUCCCUCGUAAAUCUAGGCGACCCGACGCGUAAAGAAAGCCCUCUAGACAAGCUCAUCAACUUUCUCUUUGUCCGGCUCACUGGAGGUAUUCGUGAGCUCACGAGAUCCGAGGAGCAACGGAAGCGCUUCAAUGAGUUCAUGAGUAAGGCUAGUAGCACAGCGAAGGAAGUCUUAGGCGACAAGAUCUCACAAAUGAUUGAGGUCGACAGCCUCGCGACAGCUCCGGAGCGUCAGGGCCGUGGAUAUGCUUCUACACUAGUGCGCCUCGCGACAGACCUGGGAGAUGCGAGAGGUGUCCAGAGCUGGCUUCUAUCGAGUAACACCGCAAACCGAGGCUUCUUCCACGAGCUGGGCUUCGAGAUAGUCGCGACGUUCUACCUGGGCGAUGAUAAUCCGACGUGGACUGAGCAGCCUAUACCAGUAGACAUCAUGGCUAGAGAGCCGAAGGGCGCGAGCGGCAGCAUGAACGAGAAAGCGGCAGGCUUAGAAUUGACAUCGAAGCAGGUAGCGCCAUUUGCAAGCGAAAGCAUCGAGCAAUUGAACAUCAACGGCGAGUAUUUAGGCUCGGAGGACGAGAGCCGGCCGCGGUUCGACUACUCAGUGGGCGUACCGUCCUAGGUUCGGGCGGCAAAGCUCUGGCAGCAGAGCUAUGUCAAACCCGAUGGCAUCUUCGAGGUUGUCGAACUGCUGCGCACUGGAGGAGAUCUUCGGCGCGCGCACGAGGCCGGCGAACUGGACAGGUACGGACCAGCUCGCGGCUGAGGAAGAUCGUGAGUACGCACGGCAAACAGCACUCCAAUAGCCUCAAUGCAGUGGUUUUUUG